GAUGAAACUAAAACCAUCCGAGCUCAGUAGCCGGAAUCAUCUUCUCAACCCACAACCACCCAAACUUACACACUCCUCACCAAAGCUAAACACAGUCUGGCCAAACCUACAUCCCACCGCAGUCAUGGUUGUGUCAUCGUGGCGACCGCCCGGAUUCAAAUAUAAGAGGAGUUGAACAACAAGUAUUGUCUCCCAACAAUGACAACCAAUCCUGGUCCAAAGAUACAUACAUCAUAUUCUGACAUCCGAACCAUCAACCAUGCCGAACCCAAGUCUAAGUUACGGAAAUGGCAUGUCAUCCGGAGCUAAAUCCCGGAAUACCGCCUUCCUAACCAUGUUCGCGGUUAUCUCCGGCGCCUUGCUCACAUUUCGGAUGCAGUCGCCAAGCAAGGAGCAGAGGUUCUCCCCUGAGGGAGACCAACAGGCUAUUGAUGGGGAGAAUAAGCUUGGACGUUCGAUGUUCGUUUCGGACGGGGAUCGGGAGGCUGUUAGGGGCGGGAAGCCUGGAGAACCGAAGGUUGGUCGGGCGCCGCAUGAGGGGUUGGGUGGGCGGUGAUGGUUGUAUAUGAAUGUGUGGGUUGCAUGAGGGGGGGCUUUGUCAUGCAUGGGCAUGUUGCAUAACGUUGUUGUUUCUUCGUUGGGCAUGAGAAGUAGGGCAUGUGAAAUAGGUCUGGUACCUUGUACUUGUACAUUGCGUUUGUUCUGGUGAUGCAUAGAAGUUUAAUUUUCUUGGAUUUAUCAAACGCAGGCUCAUUAUUCUAUCCUGGUUCUCCGUGAGUCCUUAGGAGGUUCUCAACUAAAAUUACUUCUCCGCGGCAUCCUCCUUCAGCACCCGGGUUGAUACUAGUGGACUCUCGUCCAAGAUCCGCGUGAAGUCAUGAGCGUCGACACAGGCCUGACGCGAGUUGAGCACGCUGGGCUCAGCGCGCCUGAAGACGUCGUUCUCGUAGACGUCCAAUGCAUCUCGCAGUGCUUGUGUCGACAAGGAUC